UUAACCGCAAGUGCAGUAAGAAUUUUUAAACCUCUGAUCGAGCACUGUGUCGUAGGUACCAUACUGUCGUCGUUCGGUCGUGGCGGUUCGAAGAUACCCUACUAUCACCCGUUGUCGUAGUGUAGCGUAGUGACCCACAAUGGAAAAGUCGCUGGUACUGAUCACACUCAUUUCUCAGAUCGUUCACGUGGUGAAAGAAUUUCACCUGCUGACGGUAGUGAUUUGUGCGUUCAUUUUUGCGGCAAUCUACGGCGACAGGAUACGAUCGCUGGUACCGAUCAAGCAGAGCAAAAGAAGGAGCGCGAAAAGUGUUCGGCAUCAUGUGAACAAGCUUCCGGGACCGGCGUGUAUGCCGCUGCUGGGAAAUGCACUGCUGAUGGCGACGGAUCGGGAAGAAAUGUUCAACCGACUGAUAGCGGCCCGCAAAAUGUACGGCCGCAAACCGGGCCUCAACCGUAUCUGGAACGGUUCCGUCCCCUACGUAAUAGUAUCGAAAGCCGCCGCUGUCGAACGGAUUCUCAACAGUAGUGUAAACAUUGAAAAAGGACGCGAUUACGAUUUCCUCCGGCCAUGGCUUGGUGAUGGUUUGCUGACCGCUCCUGCCGCCAAGUGGUACCAUCGCCGGAAGGCACUGAAUCCAACGUUCAGCUAUAAAAUGCUGACGGAAUUUUUGGAAAUUUUCAAUCAACAAGCCACAACGAUGGUGCGAAUUUUGGAGAAAGAACUUGGAAAUGAUCGGGGCUUUGAUUGUACGAGAUAUGCGACGCUGUACUCGCUGGAUGUUUUAUGUGAGACUGCAAUGGGGUGUCCUAUCCACGCCCAGGAACAGUUCGAGUCGGAAUACGUCAAAGCCCAUGAAGAAAUUGGACAAAUCAUGUUAGAUCGACUCCAAAACAUUUGGUUGCAUCCUAAUUUGAUCUUCCGGUUCACCGAAAGUUACAAACGACAAGCGAAGUGUCUGAAAGUGCUUCAUGGGUUCUCCGAACAAGUCAUUGCCCAGCGUCGCCGUCUUCAACGAGAAGCUCUUGAAUAUAAUUCAACAAAAGAUACACCAUCCGAGAUUGGCCAGAAACGUCAACUUGCCUUCCUGGAUCUUUUACUGGAAACAAAACAAAACGGGGUUCCUCUGACCGAUCAAGAGAUUCGAGAAGAAGUGGAUACUUUUAUUCUAGGUGGCCACGACACCACCGCAACUGCAAUCGGUUGGUUGCUGUACCUGCUUGGCACCAACCAGCAAAUCCAGGACCGACUGUUCGAAGAAAUUGACGCCGUCUUGGGACAGGACCGGGAUCGACCACCCACAAUGGGUGAGCUGAAUGAGAUGAAAUAUUUGGACUGUUGCAUCAAAGAAGCUCUGAGACUGUUCCCAAGCAUUCCGAUAAUUACCCGCAGACUAACCGAAGAUGUGCUAAUUGAUCAGUACACGAUCCCGGCCAGUGCGAACGCUAUAAUUGUGCUGUAUCAGCUGCAUCGAGAUCCGAAGGUGUUUCCGAAUCCGGAAAAGUUUGAUCCGGAUCGCUUUCUGCCGGAAGUCGUCCAAGGUCGGCACCAGUACGCUUACAUUCCGUUCAGCGGAGGUCCUCGUAACUGUAUCGGGCAGAAAUUUGGGCUGUUGGAGGAAAAGGCGAUUUUUACGACAAUUCUGCGUAAAUAUCGAAUCGAGUCGCUUGAUCGUAGGGAGGAUAUUACCCUAUACGGAGAGUUGGUACUUAAAUCUAAACAUGGACUGAAAAUACGGAUUCAUAGAAGGAACUAAGGUUAGAAUAGAAUGGUGCAUAUGAAAAGGUACUUCCGCCAUAGUGAGUAUGCUCUACUACCCUUGAUUCAUUUCGCUACUUCCUAUAUUGACGGAUGCUCAAGUUCAAGAUCAGUUAGUUCGCCGGUGGGAUUUAGCGCCUUUCUGCUUGAUCGUAUUGUUUUAAUUCACACCAUCUACUAAGCGCUUAGUGUGUAGUAUAAUAGCAUCAAGGGUCGUGAAUAUUUACCGGAAAUAUUUGAUAAGAUACCGCUCAAAAAUAAUAAACUUAUAAGUA